ACUUAGUCCACUAUUUACUGGAGUCCACCCUACUGUAGUAGUCCUGGGCAGUCUCUUUCCUACGCCCUUCAAAAUUCGUUGCUUUUUUUGCUGAAAAUCCUGCAUAGUUCACGACCGUCCUGCUCAUAGUUACCCACGUCGCUCUCAAUCGGACUCCCGGCCUUUGGUUCACACCGCUCGGUUCGCUUUCGCAGUUGGCACGGUGCUGCUAUCCAACAUUCAGUAAUACCUAAUCGCACCCAUCUCUUCAAAGCCUAUAAUGUCACUCUCCGCCUCGGAUAACAACGGCUCCUUUUCCAGAGUCUCAUCUGGGAAGACGCCCCCUCCAGCCCCUUCUGCUGCUUAUGCGAAGAGAGCUCGCGAGAUGGAGGCAGAGGAACGGAUUGGUGCCAGAUAUCGGCCCCCUGCGCUGCGCGCCUUGGCUUCAGGCGGCGACCCUUCUAAUGAACCCCCACCUUCCAGUACUACUCCAGGAGAUGCUUCUACUCUUCCCCCAACCAAUUUCCCCACGGGAUUCAGGAGGGCCAGGGCUGGGACCUUACCCUCUAACGUCCAGCUUGCUGCCCAGCGAUUCGCGGCUGCGUCCGGCAAUCUCAGCAGUGCUGCUCCAUCCACCGAGUCUUUCUCCGAGCAAUUGCAGCAGAGAGGGCAAGGCAUUGGUUCCACCGCACCGGUACGACCCAGUCUGCGUCACUCAGCCUCAGUCGCGUCUUCUGCUGCUUCGUCAGCUCUCACGGAGCGCAACAGUCGUCUCAGAUCUGGGUCAUUGACACUUCCCACUGGCGGAUUGUCCAACGCAUUCGGGCCUUCCAUAUUCUCAUCAUCAUGGCUGUCCUCCCGGAACGCCAACGGCCUGCCCGUCCUCGAUGAUGUGCACUCGAUCGCGUCGAUGGAGUCUGGCAACGACGAUUUUGAUGUCCACACGCUCGACUAUCUUGGCUUGGAUGAUACCCUCCGCCCGCCCCCGGCCGCUACCAUCACAGAGUUGCGCACGCAAGCCCAAGCUGCUAUCGCGGGCAAUCUUGCCACAAACCCGUCUCGCCUUCGUGCCACUACCGUCUCUCAUCCGUAUCGUUUGGGAUCUUCCGCCGGGGCAUCGCUCCUUUCUACCCCCGAUGCCGAAGAAGAGCAGGACAUGUACAACCAGGAGUUGUACCAUAGUCAGAGUCUCGAUCAGUAUGACGAUGGUGGCUCUGCCAACUACCUUUCCGCCGGCUACGUAGCCAAAGGUUUCAAAAGUUCUGAGCAUCUCAGCGCUGGACUUAACUCCCGUCCUCGUGCCAUUUCAGUAGGCAAUCUCGACGACCCCUCACGUGCUUUGCAUCGCCGCGUCGCUGGUGGUGAUCUCAGCCCAUCGCCGUAUGCGUCGGAUUUGUCGUCCGCCGCGCUUGGUUCUGGUAGCCUCACUCCUGGCAUUUUACGUUCCGAGCAGCUGAAUAUGCGUGCUGGAGCAGGACCUUCCGUUCAUUUUAAUGCUGGCGACAUUCCCAGUAGCCGUGCAUCGCCAUAUUUGGCUGCACCGAAUAGCCAGGGUCGCUCGAUCUCCCCCAAGAGCUCGGACAAUGCGGCGACGCAGAUGCAAACACCGACGCGCUCGCUAUGGAUCGGCAAUCUUGAUAGCUCGGUAACUAGCGAGCAGCUUAUCCAUGUGUUCGCUCCCUACGGAGCUAUAGAGAGUUUGCGCUUACUACCAGAGAAGGAGUGUGGAUUCGUCAACUUUGUCGACCAAGCCGAUGCUAUUCGCGCAAAGGAUGAUGUCCUUAACCGCCUUGGCGGCGAUAUUGGUAUGCCCAACGGUCAAACUGUCCGCAUCGGCUUCGGUAAAGCAGACAGCGCUCCCGUUGCGCCUGCUAAGGGAACGAAUCUCAACAGCCCCGUUGCCACCUCUCCCGGUGGUAACGUCAGCAAAAACGCGAGCAACGCAGGCCUCGCCGGCAUGGACGCACAACUCCAAUCCACCCCGACUCGUGCGCUUUGGAUCGGUUCCAUUCCGUCUACGACGACUCCCGCGACUAUCCUUAGCGUUUUCAGUCCUUUCGGCCCGAUCGAAUCUGCGCGUGUGCUCACCCACAAGAACUGCGGUUUCAUCAACUUCGAGCGUUUGGACGAUGCUGUUAGAGCUAGGAAGGCACUCAAUGGUCGCGAUGUUUUGGGUAGCGAUGUCGGUGCCAUCCGUAUCGGUUUCGCGAAGGUCCCGGUCAAGAACGGCCAAGAGGGAACCGGUCAAGAGGAGGGCGCUGCACCCAACGUCCAAGGCGUCGGCGAUCUAAGCGUUGGGGCGACUAUUCAUGCGCUUCGCAAUAUCAAGGGCGCGUCCACAAUACCGGUUGAUCAGCAAGUUUUGAGUGGCAACAUUGAGAACUACCGCUCUAACCUUCUUUUGAGCAUGAUUGGAUCCGGUUUGCACAAUACUCAGCUUGAUGCCGUGAACAAGGCUGCGGGCUGGCAGGCCUCCGUCACCGAACAGCAGAUGAUUAUGAGAGAGUUGAGUGGAGGUGCAGCGGACGCCGAGCCCGACGUCCAAGCACUUGCAGAGUUCCGCCCGCCCACCAUGUACUAUACUACUAUCCCGUUGGUCUCGGAGAGGUCGCACAACAGGCGUUGGGAUGCAUCCAAACUGCGCGAGCUCCGCAAGCGUCUGGACGCCAGCAACAUCACCGUGGAGGAGAUAGACAACGUCGCGGCUGAUUUUCUCGAUGGCGAGAUAGUGGAUCUUGCCUCGGAUUGGCUGGGUAACACGGUCGUUCAAAAGUUAUUCGAGAAGUGUUCUGCCGGGACUCGUCUUGCCAUGCUGGAGCGCCUCUCCCCUCAUCUCGCAAUGAUCGGUAUCCAUAAGAACGGUACUUGGGCGGCCCAAAAGAUUAUAGAAUGCGUGCAGACACCGGAGGAGGUGGCCCUUAUUACACAAAACCUCCGGCCGUACGUACCGCCGUUGUUGUUGGACCAAUUUGGUAACUAUGUUGUACAAUGUUGCCUUCGCUUUGGCUCCCCUGCGACCGAUUUCUUGUUCGAGGCUAUGGUUGACCGUCUAUGGGAGGUCGCACAGGGACGUUUUGGUGCUCGCAGUAUGAGAGCUUGUUUGGAAAGCUCUCACAUCACUGUGAGCCAGCAACGCAAGACCGCGACCGCUGUCAUCCUCAAUUCGAUCCCACUCGCGACCAACCCAAAUGGCGCUCUCCUAUUGACUUGGUUGCUCGAUACCUCCAACUUCCCGUCGCGUUAUAGCCUGCUGGCGCCCCGUUUUACACCCCAUCUGUCACACCUCUGCACGCACAAGCUGGCUUCCUUGACUGUCCUCAGGAUCGUCAACCAAAAGGUGGAACCCGAGGCAUCUGCUCAGGUUGUGGAGGCACUCUUCCAGUCUCUGAACGACCAUGUCCUCACCGACGUCCUCGGCGACCAAGUCAACGGUGUCGCUGUUGUUCACAAGAUCUUGACAAGCCCUUUCGUCAGCCCGGAGCAGCGUCCUGCUUAUGUCGAAGCCACCAAGCGUGUGCUCAUCGAGUUGAAGGUGAUUGCAACUCAGGCGUACCGCCGUCUCAUCGAGGAAGUCGGCCUUCCUGUGCCCAACCUGCAGCCCACGUAUUCUACGAACGUGCCCCAACCUACGAAGACGAAGUACAACAACCAGAAUAACUUUGGUGUUCCUGGCUUGCCUGCCGGUUAUCCUUCGACCGAUCAGGGAUUAGCUUCCAUGAUGGCUGCGCUGCAAAUGGGUGGUCAAAAUGCGGCUGCGGCUCCCCCUCGCCUCCAGAUUGACCCUGCAUAUGGCCAAGCGCAGCCUCAAAACGGCAAUCGCGCUCGUAGCUCCAACCCCUCGACGGCAUUCUCGCCUUCUACUGAUCCUUUCAACCCCUUUGCCAUGCGCUCUCCUGAUCCUGGCACCCCAAGGAACGGGGCGGGGCGCCGCAACGCGUCUGCUCCUGCACAGGCGAACAACGCGAUGCCAUUCGGUGCACAGUCGCCUAGCCUCACACAGGCUGCGAAUAUGCUGAACAUGACCCCGGCUACAUCGUACAACGCGCUGCCAACCCCGCAGUCGGUUCCUCCUCAGCUCUACCAGGCCUAUUUGUAUCAAAUGUACCAACAGAAUUCUCCCAACCUGGGUACCUAUCACACAUAACGUCGUCGCACAUCUUCACGGAUCAUUCCUGGGAUUUGGUCAUGAAAUAACACGAACUUUCCUUCGCAGGCAUCAAUCAUCACUUCCGAUCCAACUGGCUCCGCUCGCUUCCAUCCUCGAUCUCUGUCUGUCUCUUUGCGUGUUCUUCCUCCGUGUGGGUUAACCCGCGGUGCUCAGAAGCACCUACAUUAUACCCUCUGUUACUCACUCUCGGCCUCAAUAUCCCCUCCUAUGCUCGCAGCGCACACCUCCAUCGUUACGUUAGGCAGGGACGAUCGUAACUUGCAAGCUCACGCUCACGCCUUUCUUACCACUAAAAGUCGCAAACAUGAUUUACACGCACGGUUGGAGACCCCUAUCGGUUACUGUGCGAUCGAACGACCAUCGUUUGUCUUGCAGGAUUGCGCGGGGUGGAUGGCUGGGUUAUAUCUGUUGAUGACAUUUUCUGAGAUUAUUCCACAAUGUCUUUUUGUUUCUCGUCUCUGAACGUUUUCCGUCCUCUCUCCUUUCAAUGUCUGCUAUGACAAUGUAUAAUAUGGGAUGACUACGUAUCAGCCAAGCCUAAGAAAUGUAUAGAGGAUUUCCUGUCGUGCAACAUCCCUAACAGGUCGAAUAGCCCAAGAUAGAAUGGUCGUCAGCGUGUUCGGGACCACGAGCAGCCCUUCGGAAGGGACACAGUAGGAACGUUUGCGCUGAGAAGUGGUACUCAAGGAUACGUGACUUGGCUCAGUCGAACCUUUCACGAUUGCAGCCCGGGCCCACGCCACAUCGCCUUCAUCGUGGUGACUUCAGAGCCAUCAUCCUUGAGUAUCCUCUUCACAGAAGCGGGGUCCACGGUGGGCGUAUUCACAUAGCGAGCAAGACCUUCAAGCUUACUAACGUCGAUGUCAUACCGCUUUGCCAAUUUCUCGAGUUGCUCUUGGCUUUUCACAGAUUUACGCUCUUCCAGCAGAUCACUAAGGGCCCCAGCGAAGAGAUGGCCCUUUGCAGGCUGAGAGGUACGCGCCUCCAACUCUGAUUGGAGUCGCGCUUGGUAUACACGGUUUGCAUGGUCAACGGCAGGUCGUAUGGUCUGCAUGUGGUGGUCGACCUUAACAGGGCCGAGUUGGCUCAGUUUCUGGAGGAAGUGCGGGUCCCGUGCGUCUUGUUCAAUGGCUGCAGUCCUAGUAUCGCUAGCCUCCGAUGGUCUUGCUAUCGAACCUGGCCCCGGCGGCUCCGGGUUUUCUCCAUAACCAGGUGUA